GGAAGAGUUGCUCCGUAAGCCUUUUCGGGUCUGACAUCUUCGAACUGCUUCUCCCUUUUCUUCCGUCUCUUCUCUCUCCUUUCUUCCUUUCCUCUUUCUCUUACCUAUAUCUUCAUCCUUCCAUCUACCUUCUUUGGGGCAGUCAUAUUGAUACUGCUAUACAUACUACUUCCUUAAUACCCCCUCAGGAAAAGUCCUCCCCACUCUCAUAAUGGCUGAUAAGGCAGUUGCUGACUUCGGUCUGAUCGGUUUGGCCGUCAUGGGCCAGAACCUGAUCAUGAACGUCGCCGAUCACGGUUUCACUGUCUGCGCUUACAACCGCACAACCUCCAAGGUUGACCGCUUCCUUGAAAACGAGGCCAAGGGAAAGUCGAUUGUCGGUGCUCACUCCAUUGAGGAGUUCUGCGCUAAGCUGAAGCGUCCCCGUCGUAUCAUGCUCCUGGUUAUGGCUGGAAAGCCUGUCGACCAGUUCAUUGAGUCUCUCCUGCCCCACCUUGAGGAGGGCGAUAUCAUCAUUGAUGGUGGUAACUCCCACUUCCCCGACAGCAACCGCCGUACCACGUACCUUGCCGAGAAGGGUAUCCGCUUCGUCGGCAGCGGUGUCUCUGGUGGUGAGGAAGGUGCUCGUUACGGCCCCUCUCUCAUGCCCGGUGGUAACGAGGAGGCCUGGCCUUACAUUAAGGAUAUCUUCCAGAGCAUUGCCGCCAAGAGCGACGGCGAGGCUUGCUGCGACUGGGUCGGUGACGAGGGUGCCGGCCACUACGUCAAGAUGGUCCACAAUGGUAUCGAGUAUGGUGACAUGCAGCUGAUCUGUGAGGCCUAUGAUAUUCUCAAGCGUGGUGUUGGCAUGCCCGUCAACGAAAUCGCCGAAGUCUUCGACAAGUGGAACAAGGGUGUCUUGGACUCCUUCCUGAUCGAAAUCACCCGCGAUGUUCUUCGCUUCAACGACGACGAUGGCACUCCCCUCGUUGAGAAGAUCCUUGACAAGGCCGGCCAGAAGGGAACCGGCAAGUGGACCGCCAUCAACGCUCUUGACCUUGGUAUGCCUGUCACCCUGAUCGGCGAGGCCGUCUUCUCUCGUUGCCUCAGUGCCCUCAAGGACGAGCGUGUCCGCGCUAGCAGCCUCCUCCCAGGCCCCACUCCUGAAUUCACCGGUGACAAGCAGGCUUUCAUCGAUGAUCUGGAGCAGGCCCUUUACGCUUCUAAGAUCAUCUCCUAUGCCCAGGGUUUCAUGCUCAUGCAGGAGGCUGCCAAGGAGUACGGCUGGAAGCUUAACAAGCCUUCCAUCGCCCUUAUGUGGCGUGGUGGCUGCAUCAUCCGCUCUGUCUUCCUGAAGGACAUUACCAACGCAUACCGCCAGAACCCCGACCUUGAGAACCUCCUCUUCGAUGACUUCUUCAAGGCUGCCAUCACUAAGGCCCAGAGCGGCUGGAGAAACGUUGUCAGCAAGGGUGCUCUCUGGGGUAUCCCUACUCCCGCUUUCAGCACUGCUCUCAGCUUCUACGACGGAUACCGUACUCGGGACCUCCCCGCCAACCUGCUGCAGGCUCAGCGUGACUACUUCGGUGCCCACACCUUCCGCGUCAAGCCCGAGCAAGCCAACGAGAAGUACCCUGAGGGCAAGGACAUCCACGUUAACUGGACUGGACGUGGUGGUAACGUGUCCGCCUCUACCUACAUUGCUUAAAUUAAACGAGGAUACGACACUGCGCUGGACGUGAAACUUUACCCUGGACCGAGGUGGUAAUAGGAUAAGGCAAAAUUGUGAGGGCUAGUCGGGCACUCGCAGCACAUAGAAUGAUUAUGAUAAAUUAAAAAGAAAUCGGUUCAUCACCCUGUAUUUAAAUCGUUUAGUCUGCUAUUUUAGUGAUGGAAACGUAUUGAAUGAAUAUGUUUUGAUGUUGUUCAUGAUGGAUAGCGUGAUAUCAGACCAUGUUAGAUGAAGAAAAAUAAAAGUAUAUUGGCUUGUAGAAAUCAAGACAUGGCUUGUAGCUGGUCAGUUAUGUUCCGAGAGUCUCAGGAGUCAGGACUGAUGAGGGUAUCCGUCGUCACGGUAUUAUUGUCUCCGCCCGAACUA